AUGUCCGGGUCAAGCCAGCGCAAGUCCGAAGCCCAAGCGAAAGUCGCAGCGGAUUUUCUGCGUCUCGACCCCGUAUUCGCGGACUGGUUCCUGUCAUACUGGAAGACAUUCGUGCAUUCCGUCGAUUAUAGAUCAGGCAUCUACCUAACGCUCGACGAAGAACGAGCCGCUGGACCAAUCAACUACGUCGCAUACGCCGCAUUGGCACUGACGAACCUUGGGAAGCGGAGUACCGAUUGCACGUCGAGAGUAAAGGCGAGACACCGCUCGUCAACGCGGUGA